AUCGAUAUAUUUGAUAUGCCCCUGUACAGCUUUUGUGGCUGAGUAAUUUUCCAGACGUUUUUCCCUUUUGUCACCCGCAUUGUGAAAAAGUCGAGUAAGCGAGACGAGGCGGACCAGUUGACUUUCUUCGUCCGAGACCUAGUGACGAUUUGGGCCUCGAAUAACCGAAAUCGUUGGCGAUCGGCCCGAAGGACGUAGCCUGGGCGGCGGACGGUCUCGCUUCUUCCACUUCUGAUCCCAGCUCCUCGGUUUGGUGCUAUGGCGAAAAAAUCUUACGAUCUUCUUUUCAAGCUGCUCCUCAUCGGGGACUCGGGGGUCGGAAAGACUUCCGUACUUUUCAGGUUUUCGGACGAUGCCUUCUCACCAUCUUUUAUCUCGACCAUAGGCAUUGAUUUCAAAAUAAAAACUGUAGAAUUAAGAGGGAAAAAAAUUAAAUUACAAAUUUGGGACACCGCUGGACAAGAAAGGUUCCAUACUAUCACAACCUCUUAUUACAGGGGGGCGAUGGGUAUAAUGUUAGUCUAUGACAUAACGAAUGAGAAGAGCUUUGAAAACAUGGCCAAAUGGCUUAGAAACAUAGAAGAUCAUGCAAACGAGGACGUCGAGAAAAUGAUUCUCGGAAAUAAAUGUGAUAUGGAAGAUAAAAGGACAGUCAGUAAACAAAGAGGAGAAACGAUAGCGAGGGAACAUGGUGUAAGAUUCCUUGAGACUUCUGCGAAGGAUAACACAAACGUUGAAAAAGCAUUUUACGAGCUCGCUGAAGUUAUCCUUGAUAGGGAUUCCGGUCGCGACGUCGCUGAUCCGGUUGACAACAGGGGAGUACCACUCGACAGAAUAAUUGACCGGGGGCAAAACAGGUGCUGCUAAGUUCCAAACAGGCUGAAAGGGGACUGACAAUUAAAAUAAGUAUAAAACAAAACUGGAUAAUACUCAAAACCAAAAACAAAAUGAAAAACAUGACAAAAACCCGAAUAUUCUGAAUGUUCAUGUUUCUUUCCUGUUUUUUAAAUUGAAUUUUUUAUUCUUUUUUUUAUAAACCCCUGACAGUUUGCCAUUUUUGAAAAAACAAAAAGUUCCCUUUUAAAGUUUUCACGUUAGGUGAAGAGGGAUGGACUACACCGUUUUGUAGUCAUUUUUAAACAUUAUAAAAAUAUUAAUUUAAAAAAUAAUCCCAGUUUUUUUAAACAAUUAUAGAUGUAAAAUAAGCAAGCAAGAAGCAAAUAAAAAAAUGUGUGUGGUGCUCUUUUGUACAUGUAUUUUAUAUCUGAAGCCGUAAAGAGUGAUUCAUAUUCCCAAAGAUUCAUUGUGUGUAUGUAUUUAUCAGUUCAUAUAAUAAAUUUACAUCACGCGUUUAUUAAAAUGUCGAUUUUACUAAAAAAAAAAAAAAGAAAAGAAAAGAAAGUAUAAUAAUAUAUAUAUAUGUGCACAUUUUUCUUUUUCCUUUAUGGAAAAAUCAAUCACUUUAAUAAAUAACGGCUUUGUUUUGCUGCUGAAA